AUGAAGUACCAAACUGUUGCUUUCGCCUCUUCGGCUCUCCUCGGCCUCGUGUCCGGUGCUCCUCAGCACCUCCGCCGCGUCUCCAAGCGCGAGGUCCCCCAGGAACACUCGCAUGAGAUCUUCCUCGACAUCACGCGCGAGAACUUGGCCAAGAACAACCCCAAGCAGAUCUCCGACCCCGUCUUCGGCCUCCUCGGCGAUGCCGCGGCCGCAAAGGGCGCCGGCCAGGUCACCAACCUCGCCUGCCUGCAGCAGGAGACGGCCGACCAGGCCUUCACCAACGCCAAGGCCGCCAACGACAUCCGCGGCAUGUCCGCCGCUCUGGUCUACCAGGCCAUCGAGCGCAACACCGCGGGCGUCGGCAAGACCAGCGCCGCUUGCACUGACAAGGCCGUCAACCCCGAGAUCGCGGCCCUGGUCAACAAGCACCAGGACCCCGCCUCUGACGGUGCGGCCGCCAACAACAAGGCCGUCACCCUCGAGCUUGCGAAGCAGCUUGCCUCGGUCGGCGGUGACCCCAUGCUCGCUCUCAUGAGCGGCACCUUCGCCCCCGGCGACAAGGCCGACACCACCGGAAAGGGCAACUCUUGCGACGACGCUAAUGACCCUACCGGCUGCAUCUUCACCCAGAAGAAGCUCGUCCUCGACGCCACCCCCGAUGAGAUCACCCAGGCCGUCAAGGGCAUCACCCCGACCAUCACCGGAGGCACGGGCGAGCUGAAGGCUGCCGACGUCGCCAAUGUAGCCGACUUCAAGGUUGCUGGAGGUGCCGCCGCCGCUGCUCCCGCCGCCGCUGCUCCCGCCGCCACUGCUCCCGCCACUGUUGCCACCGCUGUUACCAUCACUGUUCCCACCGCUACUCCCUCCGCUACUCCCGCAGCUGGUAACGACAACGACGCUGGCAACCAGAAGAACGGCGCCUCUUGCAAGGCCAAGGACAACAGCGCCGCCGCUGACGCCAACAACGCCACCGCCGGCGCUGAUGCUGCUGCCGGUGCCGCCGCCCCCGCCGGCACCAACGUUACUCUAGGGUUGCGCGCGCCUGGCAUAUACCAGACCAUUUUGCACUGGCAUAGGUGCGACGCCCAGGACACCCAGUGCCGCAGCCAGGCCGGCCUGACCAAGCGCGAGGCCGCCGGCACCAACGUCCAGACCUUCACCGGCACCCUCGGCGGUCUCCCUCCCCCGGUCAUCCAGAGCACCGGCGACCGCCCCUUCUCCGUCGACGGUGACACCUUCGUCGGCAAGGGCGCCGCCCUCGGCCGCUCCUGUGACGUCCAGCAUAACGCCUGCGCCCGCGCCGCCAACAGCGGCCAGAUCUCUGGUGGCGUCUCGCAGUGCGACGCCCAAGACGCCCAGUGCCGCAGCCAGGCCGGCCUGACAAAGCGCGAGGCCGCCGCCGGCAAGUUCGGCUCCUGCAGCGACCCCUCCAUCGCCUUCAAGUCCGGCCUCGCCGAUCGCCAGGGUGAGGCCGCCUUCAUCGCCAACAACCAGAAGGACUUCGCCCACGGCUCGGCCCAGAAGAUCGGCAUCAUCGCCGGCUUCAUCUGCCAGCGCCUCCAGGACAGCUGCAAGGCCUCCGCCGCCGUCGUCAACAGCUGCAAGGCCGCCCAGGCCGCGGCGACCGCCGCCACCCAGGACGCGACCGCCGCCAACGUCUUCAACAGCAAGCUCAUUGGUAACUAG